AUGGAGAUCGAUUCGCUGAACGGCUUCAAGGCGAACUCGCUUGCGUACGAUGAGCAGGGCUACCCAGUUAGUAGCGGCGAGCGAUGGAAGAACGUCGGUGUUAAACCUGGUCUCUUGCUAUUCCGACGUAGGCCCACGCGUCAGUCAGAGACUGUUGGUAUGCAGCGAAUGCUGGUAUGUCAGUUUUAA